AUGCCGGCCGAUUACAGCUCGACCGCGAGAGCUUUGGCUUUACCCAUAAGUCCUCUCGAGUCUCCUUCCUCUCCAGAUCAACACGCAGAAAGGCCACCAUGGUCCAGACGUAUAUCUUCCAAUGUGCGAAGAGGAAACAAUUCAGCCUCGCCAUAUUCAAGCCAACCUACCAAUUCCCUCAAAGACCAAAUUCUCCGCAAGGCCGAAAAAUUACAACGAAAGCUCGUUUCAACAUGGCAAAAGCUUUCUCUUCUUCAAAAAUGCCUGGCCAUUAUGGCUGCGAUUCUUAAUAUUAUUCUCGUCGUUCUAUUUCUAGUCUAUCAACAUCAAAUCUUCGCCAGUCUUGCUCCAUUCGCAGAACGCUGGCGGGAUAUGCGGGGAGGCUGGAUGAUUCUGUGGGCCAUGACAUUCGUCGCCGCAUUCCCACCUCUCAUCGGCUAUUCCUCCACCAUCACCAUUGCCGGAUUUGUCUUCGGAGUCCCCAAGGGCUGGAUCAUUGUGGCGACCGCAACAAUAGCAGGUUCUCUCUGUUCAUUCCUAGCUUCCCGAACCAUUCUCUCUAGCUAUGUACAUCGUCUCGUGGGAAAAGAUAAACGCUUUGAAGCUCUUGCUCUCACUCUCAAACACGACGGCAUCAAGAUUCUCUGCAUGAUCCGUCUCUGCCCCCUCCCAUACUCCCUCUCCAACGCCGCCAUCGCCACUUUCCCCACUGUGCAUCCCCUCAACUAUGCCCUCGCUACGGGCUUGGUAACUCCCAAACUCCUCAUCCACGUUUUCAUUGGCAGUCGUCUGGGCUCGCUCGCCGGCGACGAAGAAAUGGAUACCUCCACCAAACUAAUAAACUACGCCAGUAUAAUCAUCGGAGCUGGACUCGGUGCCACCGUCGGCUAUAUAAUCUACCAGCGCACCAUGGCGCGCGCCAAAGAACUCGAGAUCGAGGAGCUUGAAGCUGCAAAUGGGGAUGUGGCUGCCGGUAGAAGAGUCGUCGCAGAAUACAGCGAUGCUAACAAUGAUGAUGCGGCAUUGAUGAAUGAUGAUGAUAUAUCUUUAUGGGACAACGAUGCACAGACGGGAUACACGGAUUUUGUAGAUGAGGAUGAGGGUCAUGUUUUUGCAAAUGGAGAUUUAGAUGAGGAAGCGGAUAUUGGAAAGACAACGAGAACUUAG